AUGGUUGUCGGCGGACUCUUCAGUAAAGGUUUACCGGAGGAAGCUGUCGGUUGGCAUCGCAAAUUGCAUUCCAUCCAUUUAAAGGAGCCAAAUGACAUCGUCUUGGUGAUGGCACAAGCUGUGUCAUGUAUACCUGAGAAACCGCCGGAUUGGUCUUUGUACUCUCCCGAAACGAUGACGCUUGGAAAUGGACGGGGUGUGAGAGCAUUCGGUGAAAUCUGUCUGGCAACAGAGGGUCACCAAAUAUAUGAAAUUGUGAUUCCUUUUUUAUUUCAAAAAGGACUUUCGUUGGAUGCUACGUAUAUGCAUGAUUUUCUGGUCAAAAGAGGCGAUAUCCCACGUGACUCGAAUACUCUGCAACGGAUUCUAAAUUUUGCGAAUACAGAAAGUCACACGUUUUCACAGAAAGUGAGGCAAAGGAUCAAGAAAAUUAAAUCAAGCACUUUGGAUCCAUCUGUUUUGGACUCACUUGCUGCGCCUGAGCAGGCCAAAGUAUCCGGCAAUAGCCAGCAGGAAACCGAGCCGGACGACCCAAAAAAUCAGGAAGAGGACUGGAUCAAAGAAAAGACGUUUAAAGAUGAAUUCGGUGCACGACUCUUUGCUACGAAAGCGUUGACGGUGGAUAUGAUAACAAACGGCCUGCAAAUUUUUGGUGUCCAGGCCAUUGGACCACUUUCCUUACGGGAGAUUGCUCUGCGAGCAGACGGACCGAAAGAUAUAUUGGAAAAGAUGCAGGCACUUCGCAAGGCAAACAUCACCAUCCGCGAUUGCGCAUUCACAAGACUAGUAGAGAGACUAGCACUAGAGCACAAAGAUAUUGUCCUCGAAGAUCUACUCCACAGUGACCAGCAUCCAGAUGUCUUGGAAGAUGUCGCUGUUCAGGAAAAUUUGCUGUGUUCUUACUUGAUGGCUCGAGAUUGGAGGCUCUACAACCUCACCAAAGCAAUCCUCAACGAGGUGGCAAAGGACGAUAUGGAUAACAUUCAGUUUCGAGUUUCAUUAUCAGCGAAAGAAUGGUCGACAGCUUCAGAUGUUGUCGAUAGAAUGUACCUUGAUGCCAAACCACUGACACAGCAAAGCAUCGAUCACAUGUUCUACGCCGUUCUGACGCCGCGACUUCCGGGUCGGCUUCAACCAUACUCCGAAGACCCCAAGAUCGAUGAAGUCGGGUAUGCGGAGCGAAUCUUGAAGUUAGCCUUAAAAUCCGGAACUGAAAUCGACCCUCAAUAUUGGGUUGAAUUAUUGAAACGGAUGGGAAUGCAUAGGCAUGAUGAAUGGCAACGAAUUCAGGAAUUGAGUUUGUGGCUUGCGCAGAAUUACGUGGUGCGGGAGGAUUCACCAUUUCUGCAUAGUCUGUCGAGAUCAAGUGGGAUCGACCCUGAUAAAAUCCUGGCGAAGAAUCGUACCAUGAUACGACACAUCUUCAACCCGCGAAUGCAGAUGGCCCUCAUCGCUUGGGGCUUCAAAUCACCCCUUUGGUACAAGAACGCAACACAUGAGAUACUCGACCCAGUCAGCGGCGGGAUGGUUAUCCUUUGGUCCCGAGGAUUAAUAUUACUUCGCGACCUAGAACGCCUGGGUGUAACCAUCUACCCAAGUUUUGUGCGUCAAGCCUGCCGGGAACGGUUACAAAUGCUCUUUGGUGAAUUAUAUUCCGUUAAGAGAUGGAAUCGGACAUUGCGACAGAAGAAUCCAUUUAGAUUCUCGCGCAUUCUGAAUGAUAUGCUUGCGAUAUAUCCGACGCUUUUCACGCAGGAGGAUCGAAUUGAUUUGCACAAGCUUAUUGAUCGUCCGCUGCAGGGUAUGGCUGCUCGUAAAAUGGGACAGAAGUAUGAAUGGAUGGAUCAGUGGCCAGGCUCUAGGCAUCGGUGA